AUGAGUCCCCUAACAGCUCCGUACAAUGAUUCCAUGCGUAUUGGCUCUGGGUUCAAUUCCUACACCCAGCAGCUACGAGUCAACGAUGCCGUCAUCAAGGAAAAUAAAACUGCCUUGACCGACAAAGACCUCAGGGGCAAUUCGACUGGCAAAGCAGACACAAUCAGCCAACAAGUGACCUUUACUUCGAAGUUUGUCGAGCAUGCCAGCGAUAUUACCGAGGCGUUGAAUAUCAGUGGCGCACUGGAAAUCAAAUACCAGGGAAUGGGAGCAAAGGCUGCAGGAUCCUACCUCGACUCCUCCAAAGUCAAGGAAAGCGACAUCAACUACUUUGUGCAAGUCAAGGUGGUCAACCAGCAGCUUAUCGCCGACGAUGCUACCAAAUUCAACGUCAUUCCCAAUAUCCCCGUCACCAAUCAGAAGCGCUUCACCGAGGUUUACGGGGACAGCUACAUCUCUGGCUUCCUCGAGGGCGGCGAGUUCAAUGCUCUCCUCUCGAUUAAAUUAAAUAACAAGGAGAAUGCCACGAAGGUCAAGGGAGCGCUGUCGGUCGAACUCUCCAAGGCUGGUUUUGGUAUUUCCGGUCAGGCUGAGGGGGACUUUAAUAAGAGUGAAAUUGCCCAGAACUCGGAAACAUCUAUCACGUAUGGUCACUUCGAAUUCAUAUCGAUAUAUACGCUAAUGGGAACUGAUAGGGUGUCUUGGGCUGGAGGGGGUGAUAUCCGCGAUGCCAGGACCAAGUUAGAAGGGUGGACGAUCGACAGCAUGGCCAAAGCUGCCUUUGCCUUUCCGGAUCAAGUCCGCAAGAUUCCGCAGAGAACGCAUGCCGUUAUCACCAAGUAUUCGGCCUUGAGGUCGUAUCAACUCCUGUCAAACAAGGGCAGUCCGCUCGAUUAUGAGAAUGCGGGUGUCUAUACAAACUCUCUUCUGGAGAGCUAUCUCGAUUACAAGGAUAUUUGGAAGGCGAUUGGAAUCCGUAUGCUCUAUUCUUUCAUCUAA